GACGAAUAAAAACAAAGAAAAUCUUACUAAUAUCAAAUUGGACACAACGACAACAACUAAAUUAACAUAUUGAAAUUGUUCUAAAACUUGUGCAGAUCGGUUAAAAGCGCGCCAAAAUGGCCAAUAAUUAUCUGCAGCCAGUGAAUAAUCAUUUUGAUAUAGAUAAAUUUGCGGACGUAGACGAUGACUUGUUUUUGAGAAACACGCGAGCGAGUGCCAACAACAGGGCACAGCGCAGUACGAAUCCAUUUGAAGAUGAUGACGAAGUAUCCACAUCUUCGUCAAUAGGAGCACAAAGGCAGGCCUACGCGGAGAAACGCAGAGAAAUUGAGCAGCGCACGCUAGAAUCAACACAAAAAAGUUUGGGCUUGCUCUACGAAGCCGAAGAUGCGGGCAAAGCAACAGCAGUGGAGUUGGCCAGGCAACGGGAACAACUGGAAAAGACCUCAAAUCAAUUGGAUGAAAUUAACUCCACCCUGCGAUUCAGCCAGCGUCAUUUAAAUGGAUUGAAAAGUGUUUUUGGCGGCCUAAAAAACUACUUGUCUGGCAAUCGUGAUGUUCCCACGGCUGCUGCCUCACCCGCCGGCAGUCAAAUGUCACAGGAGACCAACUACAAUGCCAAUGCGACGGGAGGUGGCGCAAUACCAAAGCAGCCCAUGUCACCAACGGAACGCUAUGAUAAUCAUCCGAUUAGUCGUAUGCGCGACGAUACCAGUUCCUACAAUCAGCGCCAGGUCCAGGCCCAACAACGGGCCGCCAAUCCCUUUCAGCACCAGUUGGAAUCGAAUCUCGAUGAAAUGUGUGACAAUUUGUCACGCCUUAAGUUCUUGGCAACCGAUUUGGGAACGGAAAUUGAGUCACAGAACGGAUUGUUGGACAACAUGAACUAUAAGAUCGAAAGCGUAGACUUAAAUUUGACCAAGCAGAAUAAGGAAAUGAAUAAGCUGAUGAAGAAGUGAACAUAAAGUCAUGGGGUUCGUUUUUUGACCGUAAAUUGUUUAAAUUAUAAUUACACUUUCAAUAAGCCCAUAUAAACUAAUAUAUAUUAAUCAUAUCUUCUUAUGAAAAGCACGAAAGAAAUCUGUGUUUUCCCGCCAUCAUAAA